UAAAAUAAAUAUGUCAACGGUCAAAUGACUUUUGAAUUUGUCUUAUGGAAUUUUGUCACAACAAAAUGAGCUUGUUGUAGUCCAUUAAUUUAUUUUAAAAAUGAAAAAAGCGGCUAAUGAUCCUAAAGUAAAAAAAACUCUGCUACGAAACUACGAGAAACGUAUUUCUAAAGAAUCCAACGCCGUUCUCGACGUGGACAGUGAUUCUCCAAACGCACCAAAAGCAUCAAGAUCGCAAAAGGAAAACAAACUUGAUCAACCAACUUUAUGUACAAGCCAAGUGUUAGCUAGUUAUUUGGUUGGGUCUCAUUCAGCUAUUCCACCUCUAUCUACUAAUGAUACUAAUAUCAAUAAAACUGCAAUAAAUGCUAAGGUUACAAAAAAACUUAAUUUUCAUUUCAAUGAUAGAAUAUACAAGAAUCUAGUUGAAAUUAACACAGAUGUCGCAAAUUUAAAAUGCAAGAAAGAAACUAAGACAAAAUCGACAACAUCUUUGAAAAAGGACCUCGAGCCAUCCAUUGAUGAUUUCUGUUCCAACCAGAAGGAAGACGAUGAAAUUCCAGAUGUACCAGACAUUAAACCAAAAUUUAAAGCAAUUAAAAAAAUUGAAGAUGGCCGCUUGCACCGAGUUGUUGCAUCUUUUGAAAAAUUAUGACAAAAUAUGUAUUUUCUAAUAAGCUGUUUUUAAUUCUUAUUAUACAUACAAAAAUAAUGUUAAAUUAAAUAUUUAUUUAAAACAAA